AUGGAGCAGAAGGGUGCCGGUCCGGGAGCACGAAGCUCCCACGCCAUCACCCUUGUGGGACACACGGCCUACUCGUUCGGCGGCGAGUUCACGCCGCGCGUCCCGGUGGACAGCACCAUGUACGCGUUCGACCUCACCACCCAGACCUGGUCCGCGCUCGUCGACGCCACGGGCGACGUGCCCCCGCCGCGCGUGGGGGUGACCAUGGCGGCCGUGGGCGGCACGGUGUACAUGUUCUGCGGGCGGGGCCUGGAGCACAAGGAGCUGAACGAGCUCUACGCCUUCGACACGGCGACGCGGACGUGGACGCUCCUGUCCUCCGGUGCCGACGGCGACGGCCCGCCGCACCGGAGCUACCACUCCGUGGCGGCCGACGCGGAGCGCGGCCGGGUGUACGUGUUUGGCGGGUGCGGCGACGCCGGGCGCCUGAACGACCUGUGGGCGUACGACGUGGCGGAGGGGAGGUGGGAGGAGCUGCCGUCGCCGGGGGAGGCGUGCCGCCCGCGCGGCGGACCGGGGCUGGCAGUCGCCGGCGGGAAGGUGUGGGUGGUGUACGGGUUCUCUGGCGAGGAGCUCGACGACGUGCACUGCUACGACCCGGCGACCCGGUCGUGGGCUGUGGUGGAGACCACGGGCGACUGGCCGAGCCCACGGAGCGUGUUCUGCGCGGCCGGGAUCGGGAGGCACGUGGUGCUGUUUGGCGGCGAGGUGGACCCCAGCGAUCUCGGACACCUCGGCGCCAGCAAGUUCUCGGCCGAGGCGUUCGCGCUCGACACGGAGACCCGCGCGUGGACGCGGCUGGUGAACGACGACAAGGCGGAGGCGGAAGCGGGGGCGGAGGCCGAGCAGCACCACCCGGGGCCUCGCGGGUGGUGCGCGUUCGCGGCGGGGGAGAAGGACGGCCGGCAAGGGAUGCUGGUGUAUGGCGGCAACUCGCCGACCAACGACCGGCUCGACGACAUCUACUUCUUCGCGCCCGUUCUUGAGGUUGAGGCCGCAAGCUAG